AUGUAUAUGCUAUGGCUGCGACAAGCACGAGUUGCGCAAGCCAUGCGUCUGUCCCGUAAAUUGAAAGUGCCUCGCGAUACCCCAGGAUUGGAAUUGCUAGUGUCAAGAUGGUGUAGUGCAACCCACAUAUUUGUGGCAAAGUGGGGAGAAUUUACACCCACAUUGGAAGACGUGGCGCAAUUACUUGGCCUGCAUGUCAUGGAUAGAGGAUUUACAGUGCCCCUGACGAUGGAUGAAGCGGAGAAGGGUAUCAUGGCUGCAUUAGAGGAAAGGUUGGAGAAGACCAAGAAUUAUGGAUCCUUUUUUAAUGCGAAGGGUACUAAACGCGAAGAGAGAGCGAAAGGAGCCAAAAAAUGUACAACAGGAGCCUGGAUAUGCUACUGGUUCAAGGACCUGCAGCCUUCCUUCAAGGGGGACAAGUCAGAGAAUCCUUUUGUUAAUGGAGACAAGAUUGGACAUCCUGCAGAACUCGCAGCAUAUGUACUGUACUGGUUGUCCAAGUAUAUAUUCCCAGGGACCCCAGACAAUGCACCCUUGAGUCGAUGGUGCCUGAUAGCGGUGAAGAUAGCAAGUGGGAUUGUAAUCCCACCGGGGCCGUUAUUCUUGGGGACAUUGUACCAUCGAUUGGACAUGAUUGCUGAAAAUAGCAUGCGCUCAACUGGUCGCUACCCCAUGGUGUCUUAUAUAGGCAGUGGGUUUUUACAAAUGUUUUUGUACAAAAGAUUCCCCGCGUAUAGCCAUUUACCCUUGGAGUUGAGCGACCAUGGGGCACGAGGAAGACGUUGGUCAGGGCGGAUGUGCAAGCGGGCACUUGGGGAAGUGAUAGACUCCGAGCGAGAGUUCGUGUUCAGGCCCUAUCGAGAGGAGAUAGCAGGGGUGGCGGGCAUGGGGAUCUAUUGGGAAUAUGCGAGAGUGUUCACGCCAAGGCAAGAAACGAGGGAUGCAAAUAAGCAAACUCUUGCCUUAGUGGUGCUGCCAAGACAUCUGCCUGGGCGAUUUGAGCUGGGCGAUGUAAGCAAAGUGUAUAACCCUAGGCGGGUAACCAGGCAAUUUGGCGAUGAUCAAGGGUUCCAAGCGACUGUGGCUUGGAAGAAAUAUAUGAUGAAUUUGACAAAGUCUUAUUCCAGUAUAGUGUACUAUAUGACCUAUCCGAGGAAGAAAAUGGCAGUAUCGUGA